CGCGAGGUGGGGUACUACGGACACCGAGUAAGCGAAGCAGGGGUGCGCACCGAUCCAGAGAAAGUGCGCGCCAUAGUAGAAUGGCCACGACCGUGGAACCUGACGGAGAUCAGAUCAUUCUUGGGGCUCGCCACCUAUUAUCGUCGAUUUGUAAAGGGAUUCAGCGAGAUUGCAUGCCCCCUCACAUAACUCACCUCCCCUAAGAACCCCUAUCAGUGGACGGAGGCCUGCCAGACGGCCUUCACCACCCUCAAAGACCACCUCACCCACACCCCCACCCUGGCUUUUCCCGAUUUCACCACUGAUUUUAUUUUAGACACCGACGUCUGCAGCAGUAGGCUGGGCGCGGUGCUAUCACAGGUGCAGGGUGGGAUGGAGCGAGUCAUCGCAUACGCCAGUCGGACCCUGAGUGGGGCCGAGCUGAAUUAUUGCGUGACCCGUCAAGAACUGUAUGCCAUGAUCUUCGCGUGUAAACAGUUCCGACUGUAUUUGUACGGCAGGAAAUGUCGGGUGCGCACCGACCAUUAUGCCCUGCAGUUCCUCCUUACGUUCAAGGAACCACGGGGGCAGAUGGCCCUAUGGUUGACGCAGUUGCAGGAGUAUAACCUGCAAAUUGAGUACCGAGCAGGGCGGACGCACGCGAACGCGGACGCCUUGUCGAGACGGCCCGCGGUGUGCGCCAAGACAAGAACGGAGGAAGCCUGCCCGUGCUUCACCGGGGGCUGUUGCCGGCAGGUGGCGGGCCUCCAGGAGCGUGCUGAGACUAACCCUCCUCCGAUGAGAGACUGCAGUAUGUGCCACAGAGACCCCGGCAGGAGGGACCCGGGACCCGGAGGGCCACACGGCGGGCAUGGAGCCCACACCUCGGGGCCCGACGGGUCGCUCAACCCCACCCGAUCGGAUCCAGGAGGACGUCGGCUGCGUCUUCCCGGGCCUGGACGACGAGCAGCUGAGACGGACCCAGCUGCGGGAUCCAGAUCUGGCGGUAGUGGAAGCGGCCCUACGGGAGAAGAGGGACGCCCUACCAGGACCCUGGAGUGGUUUGUAUGCCCGGUUGUGCGUACAGAAUGGGGUGGUACAGGAGCUAACCGAAGCCGGCCAGCCAGGGUGUAUCUGCGUUCCCGCCCAGGUGCGACCCCAGCUGCUAAGACUGGUGCACGAACACCCGCUCGGGGGCCAUGA